AUGAAAACUAUUCUACUUAUUUCUCAACACAUAUACCCAUCCCUCCUCUCAAACUUGUCCCACUGCCCCUCCCCCGCCGCAACCACUUCACUGUCUUAUACGUCCUUGAAUGGCUUGGCAAGUGGCAUAUCAAAAACACUCCAGUCUUAUAUCACUCUGCCGACCGUAUCUGGUACAAUACUUAAAACGACCCCAAGUCAUUGUGACAAAAUCGAAUUGCUCAGGGUUGCUGCAGCCUUGGAAUCCAUUGGUCAGAUGAGCGUACAGCAUAAUCCGAGCAUGAGAAACCUGUAUCUCGGUCAAGAUGCUCUCCUAAUGGGCUCUGAGAGUCCUCGAUGGUGGGUUUGGCUCUCGCUCUCACCAUUCCGUAUUGGCUCACACAAAUAUAGCGUUGUUGAGGACGUCUGGAGCUCUAAACGGCGGGAGCCCGAGAAGGUGUCGCAUCACGUUGAUCUUCGAGAAUUGGACAAGGCAAAUUUGCAAGAUGGAAGGGUGGUGUGGGCGACGUGGGAUUUUGCAAUGCCCUCAGUUGUGCUAAUAUUUAUUAACGCUAGCGAUAUGGUGUUGAGGAAGCUGCUCGAAGGCUCUUUUGUCGGAAACGCUUUUGCAGUAGAGAGUCUCCGAGUGAGAGUCUCCCCGGGAAUCAUUGUGCUAUUCAAAGAUGCGAUCGCGUCACCUGCAAGCUUGCAUGUGCUUGUUACCAAGCCCGUCGAAACUAUUCAAUGUUUUGAGUAUUGGAAGCCGCGAAAUUUGUUUUGGAGAAGCAUCAAAUUCUGCGAUAGCACAUUAACACAUGAUUGGAUCAAACAAGGUCGUAGCGAUGGAAAGACUGAUGGUGGGCGGACGGUGAACAUCGCAAUACCUGUUCAACCUCGUACGCUACUCGCCAAACCACCACCAACAACCACCCGCUAUCCCGAGGUCCCGCUAAAAUCCACCCCAUUCACGUGUCUUUCACGUGCCCUUUUCUACUCACCUGGUACUUCAUCCAACGUCACAUUAUCUUCCCUCACUCAACAAUCACACCAAUCACACCUUCGCACCGAUAUCGCUCGGACCCGAACCACAUCUCUCCCGCCAAAAUUCGCCCUCAAUACUUCCCUUUACAGUCAACUCUCGAUGGCGCGAUACAAACGGGGAGCUAGGAUUAUAUUUGGGAAAUUAAUUCAGGAGCUGAAACAAUAUCGCUAUAUCAAAUUAUUAGUUGACUGUACUAGCAUCCCCGCAUAUACGAACCGCGCCUAUUUCCCCAAUUCCCCCAUUUCCUUCAAACCCUCAAACCUCACACAAACUCUGGCAGGGGUCUGCAUUUCAUCAAAUUACAUUCAGACCACUUCGAAUCCUGCGAAUCCUUCGGUGUCCGACGCGCGGCAGAUACCGGGGCAGGCCGGGGCUGAAGCCGAGGUCGGGGUUGCAACGCUGUACAGGGCUGUGGUGCGGAAGAAGUGGGUGGUAAGUACCGGCAUUGCGGCUCGCCGCAGCGCAGGGAGAGAUAGUUCAUUCGUGAUUAAGGGGGUUAAAUUAGGUCGGCGAACACAUGUGAGUACAAAUGGCUGUGGUAGGAAGGUGACAGCGAAAGCGACAACGACAGCAACAGAGUACUAA